AUGCGAGAUCUACUGCGUGUUCAAAAUCCAAGAAGUUUUGAAAUGACUUUUGGUGGGAAAACCGUCGUUUUAGGUGCAGACUUCAGACAAAUUUCACCAGUAAUUCCAAAGGGCACCAGACAAGAUAUAGUGGGUGCAAGUAUAAAUUCAUCAUAUCUGUGGAGAAGCUGUAAAGUAUUUAGGCUUACAAAGAAUCUACGGCUUAGGGCAUUGCAAUCAAAGUCUGGAGUUCAAGAGAUUGAAGAACAUGCAAAGUGGAUUGCUGAUAUAGGUGACGGAACUAUUGGUGAUUCAUUGGAUGGAGAGUGUGAGAUCAACAUUCCAGAUAAAUUCUUACUCAAGUCGGUAGAGGAUCCUAUUUGUACAAUUGUUGAUAGCAUAUUCCCGGGGUUUCGUAUUGGAAAUAGAGAUGUCAAAUACCUAAAAGACUGUGCAAUUUUGGCACCAACUUUGGACGUGGUAGAUAACAUCAAUGAAUAUAUGAAUGGAUAUAAUACUGCCGAAGGAAUGGCAUAUCUCAGUUGUGAUUCGGUAUGCAAAUCGGAUUCCAAUGUGGACAUGCUUGCUGAUCUACACACACCGGAGUUUUUAAAUGGAUUACGAUGUUCUGGAGUGCCAAAUCACUCAUUGACUUUAAAAGUUGGAUCACCCGUUAUGCUCAUGAGAAAUAUUGAUCACUCAUUGGGGUUGUGCAAUGGUACAAGGAUGAUCAUUUCAAAGUUGGCUACUCAUGUUUUAGAAGCUCAAAUAUUGACCGGAACAAGUGCUGGUACAAAGGUGUUAAUACCAAGGAUGUCCUUAACACCGUCAGAUCCAAGAUUGCCUUUUAAGUUUCAAAGAAAACAAUUUCCGCUAAUGUUGUCAUAUGCCAUGACAAUAAACAAAAGCCAGGGUCAAACAUUGUCAAACGUCGAUUUAUUUUUGAAGAGGCCGGUUUUUAAUCACGGACAACUAUAUGUAGCGGUGUUAAGGGUUAGUAAUACUAGCGGAUUAAAAAUGUUGAUUUGUGACGAAAAUAUACAAUCCAAAAAUACAACUACAAAUGUCGUAAAUAAAGAAGUUUUCAAUAAUGUGUAA